AACAAUAUAUAAACAAAUGCGUACCAAAUAAAAUCUUGUAUUAUUACUAACUGUAGAAUGAUCCGUACCACAAGCUUCGUCCGGCCUGACAAUUGGUAGUCACUUACAGGAGACGUUUCUGUAUUUCUAUCGUUCUAUAAGUCGUUCUACCAAGUCAGCGUAUAAAAAAAAGUCUUUUUCUGCUGUUGAGUAAAAUAUGAGAGGAGCAUAUUACGUUAAAAGAACAAAGUACGUCAUUCAUUACUGGCGGUACAGAAAGCGUUAUUCGAACUGAAUAAUACGUUACCUACCUGUCUAUCUAUCUAUCUAUUAUUAUCCUUUCUCUCUAUCUAUAUUAUUAAAAGUGCCGUGGAUCUAUCGGCAGUUUGCUUUGUGUACCAAACGGUUCCAUCGCUGUUAUCGAUACGUCUCACAUCAGGUCAAACCUUUUUCAGGGCACCUUCCAGCGUGCCAGGACAUUUGUUCGUCGCUAGCGCCUCGCUUAACGUGCUGAAAGGGUUGAAACGUCGAGGAAGUUUUAUUUUAUUUAUUUGACAGUUUAUUGACUGAUGGAGCAGUUGCCACUAUCUCUGUCAAGUGACUUUCGUUUAGUCUCAAUAGCAAGCUGAAUACCGUUUUCACGUACACAGAGAACAGCUGGUAAGCAAAGCGUCUGAGCGUGUCGCUUCGCAUGGAAGCCUCUUUAAUUGCGCGCUGUUCUCCAAAUUUGGGCCUUCGAUUAUUAUUCUCUUUCAGUUGUUUUUUCGACUUCGCUCGGUUUCCCAUCCUUCAUAGGGUGACACUAAUACUUCAGCCACAACUUCUGCUCUUCCGCUGGCCGAUUUUAUUUGCUAUCUGCACCUUCGCCACUGGCAACAAUUAAUCGCAAAUAAAACGGCCCUUUUCCUCUAGUUUGUUCACUUGUGUGAUUAUGCUGUCCCCGACCGCAGUGCGAGUGCACGUACGAGAUAAUUGGGUAUCGAUAGAAAACAAAAACCCUUUCUGCGGCAAGAGCGCUUUAGGCGUAGAAGAAAGACAAUGGAAAGCGGGAACGAGUACGCUACCUAAAGAAAAGUGGGAAUCAUCGAAGCAACAGCAACGAGAUUACGAAAAGUGCCAACACCCUGAAGCUGAAGCAGUAUCAACAAUGAAAGUAACUUCAGUCCAGUGUGAAAGGUUCCCGGGAGGACAGCGAAGCCCCAUUUUCACGCCCAGGUUUGUUUCGGCGAAACGCGCCAAGCGGCGGGAUCGCGCCACAAUACUAUCUGCUUGAUAGCUGUCUUGCCAUUCGCCAAGCAGCCCAAAGCGUCGAUACAAGGAGUUGAGGAAAGGCAGCAGCCCGAAACGGAAAGAUUCUUUCAUAGUUUUUUAAACCUGUCGCUGUGCAGUCUUCAUUGUCGUUAGCGCUGUUUGUUUUCGCAUCGUAUCACGUUAGCUGAGGCAGCGGAGGCAAAACCGGACGAGCAGAAUCUAUAGCAGUAGAACCGGACGGCGAAAAAAUCUCCUAUGAGAUGUUAAAGUAGCAGAACAAAUGCGUAGGCAUAAUCAUGGAUAAAAGUAAGGGAGGGUUCUUUAGCCAGUAAAACUAACUUCGAGUGGUAUUAAUAUGUUUAUUGUUAAUAUAUUAGAUCAAGUCUACCAGGCUGUCUGACUCAGGUUAGCGGUCAGGCAAUAGACAACAGGCCGAAACAGACAGGAUAGACGUCUAAAAGAAGAAUCGAAAUACCACCAAUAACAGUGAUAACCCAUCAACUAGACAGCCAACAGACAAUCUACGUCGGUGAUGUUGAAUACGAAGAAAAAGCGUUAGCCGAAGUCAGUUAGUGACCCCGGAAGAUAUGUCUUCCUACAAAAUAAACAGAUUCUACAUUCGGGCGUAUCCCUAAAGUGUGAGGCCGCUAAGCGGUCUGGUGGCCUCUGACCCUCUACCCGCUCCGCACCGACGCUGACUAUGGUAUCUCGAUGGUAACAACAAUUAGCACGCGUGUCGCCGCAUAAAAACACACCCUUCAGCUAACCAAAAAAGCAGUCGUCACACAGACGGUGAAGGUGAAACUUAUGAAGCUUUGUUUAGUACUUACUAACAAUAAUAACAAAAAUAUACGGACGUUGCUAUGACGAACACCAAGACGGAAGAGAACAAGGCUGGCUCUAUGUAUGGAUAUAGCAAGGCCGAAGGACCUGGGGUAAACUCGUGUUUUUCCUGCAUUGUGCUUCCCAUCGAUCUAAAAAGGUCGAUGUGUUGAGGAUCGAAGACACCCUUCGUCAGGCGGGUCUACUCAACAAAAUGGCACAAGCCCUCUCCAUGUGGGGCUUCGUCGAAUUGGCCCCUUUUGUUUGCCUACAGUAUCUCCAGUAUCAGGUAGCUGAUGUGUUAUUUAUACGUCUAUAAUGUUAUUGCUGAAUCCGCAUGAUAGUAUUGUAAAAAUCACCGUUUAAGAAUCAGCAAGAAGGCUUGAAGGGAUCAUCUUCGGUAAUUAUAUCUGAUGUAUUACGAAAUAUGCUCGUCAUGUUUUUUAACAGCCUACAACGUUUACACUUUGCAGUCGUGAGAUGCUAGUGAAAGCGUUGGCAGCUUCUUUCGUACGCUCCGCAGUUUUGUCUAAAAUGGGAACAGAAAUGAAUAGAACUGGUGGUUCCUAUGGCCUAGCUCCUGACAUACAUUGGCCGUCACCGAGAGUAUUUUCGAAGUAGUGAGACAACGCCAAAUUAGAUCUAAGAAAAAUUUCGAACUAGUUCUGGAAAACUCAGGAGACAGAAGCAGUCAUUGACGCCGUCAGGCCGGCCAUUAGUCUGCUUCUGUAACUUGAAUCGAUUCAACAAAUCAGAAAUUUACAAGUAGGAGCAACCAGUUUUACUAUCAUUUCUAUCGCCGAUAGAUUUCAACGACUUCACUGGUAUGAUACACUACGCGGAGCUGAACUGAAGAAAUUUCACUUUAUUUACUUAUUUAUUAUUUAUUUACUCAUAAUAUUCCGACUACUGAACCUCUAGCCACUUUUGAGAAAUGUCGUCAUAAUACAUAACAUUACUUACGAGGUACACAACGACAAACGAUUUGUUUUCAAGAAGGGAGUACGUAUCGUGAACGUAGAAAUGACCACAAUUUGCAGCUACUCGUUAACGGUUACUUAAGAAAAAGUUAUAAAAAAAUCUAGACGAUGUUUUUAGCCAGGCUAUGUUCAAAUAGAUUGCACUGUAUAAUUUCGUUACCUAUGUAAAGCUUUUAGCCAUAAGAAGCUCGUAGAAAGUUUCGUAGAAAGCCAAAACCAUCGGGCAAUGGUAACAGCCAAUGAUGGCAUAUCGGACCCCUUGAAAUCGAGCAGACGACAAAGCAAAAAUAAUGCGACAGGGACGAUAUGGAAAGAUGUAUCGAAGCGAAGAAAGAAAAGACGAUGGUAACGAUUACCAACAUUAAUGGCGGAAAGGAGCGCCAACGAUGGUGGACAGGAUAGCGGUAAUCUACACGUAGGCCGACAACGAACUGGUUCCGCAAGAACACAGAGACAAUUCAUGAAAUGGGUCUCGGAAAAUCUUCCAGGUUACUAAAAAAAACCAGCAACAAAAAACAGGUAUGUAUGUUGACACUAUUAGCAUCACUGAGCAUUUUUCCCUAUAUGGGAUCGGUCUUCACACGCGAUCGGAGACCCGAUGGCAAAUUGUCACCAUUGCGUUUCCACGUCACAUUUACGUAUGCGACAGGCUAAUCAACCUCGACAGACAACUACCAGCACCUAAGAAGGCGGCCUCUGUGUUUGCUGAUGAUACAAGUGACGGGUACAUCCCUAUAAUGGGACACGAAUUUUCGUUCCUGUUACCAAAAUAACGUUAUUUAGACAAUUUGUCAUAUCUUACCGUAUGUCACUGAAAGUAGAACUGAAUAAUUAGUACAGUGACUGGUAUGAGACAAGAUUGCUACACGUUAUGAAACCUUCUCAACUGGAUUCUUUAUUCCCGGUGUUACGGUUACAAAUAUUUUUUCAUAGCUUUUCGUUCUAUGCACGAAUGCAUUGUGCUAAGUACUUGAUAAAUUUGUAUCGUUUGUAAAAUGCUGCCUGAGGCGACGAUCCAUAGAGUUUAUUGCUAUUAGAGUUGACUCCAGUGGUCGCGAGAACCGUUUCACACUGUCUAGAAUACUUAAUGACAUAAUCGAUUCACGAGAUAUACUUACGAUUGUCUUUUGGUGACGAGAAUAUAAACUUACAAGUUGCGGAUAAAAAAAAAGCUUUCAGAUUACUUAUCGUCUCUUUUCUCCGAAAAUGCAGUAUCUGUCAACUGAUGGAUGGAUGGAUGAAUGAGAAAAGACUCUGAAACGUGUCUAAAUCACAUUUCUGUUUCUUGGAUAGUCUGAGGUGGAAGCCGUCUCGGUAAUCCUGCAAUCUCAUGUCCUACCUGAUCGUUGUCCUGAAUCUGAGGUCAAGCCGAAGAGCGCAAAAUUAGCGAGCGGCGCACAGCGGCCGAGCGAUUAGAAGAAAGUAAGGCAAAUUACAUGAAGAGCGAAAGGGUGCUGGAUACUCGCCAAGCGUUGAAACAACCCCAGCAAUCUGCCCCCGGUUCUCAUCGACCCCAUACCGUGAUGCCCCAGCAGUCGGGAACCAGCGUCUACACGAAGCUACCUCUAAAACAAAUUCAUAGCGCUCCCCUCGACGUCCCACGGGAUGCUCGAGGGGAGCCGCAUAGAUCGCCACCCGACCUCCGUAUGGCGCGGAGAACCCUGCAAGAGCUGCAGGGGUUCCGCGCCUUACAGCAAGUAGUCGAGGCUAAGGCUCAUCUUCAUAGCCAGUACCCUCAGCUGUAUGCUCCCUACGUGGCUAGAAUGAUUCCCAGUCAGGGUCAAACGGGGCAACAAAACGGGGCCCAUCGACAUUCAUCGCCUGUGAUCCCCGUUUCGCGAAGGUACGCGUCGUCGAGUCAACCGCCCCUGAACAGACAUCCUUUAGGUGGUAUUCCAAAUCAUACUGGUCACCCCAAAAACCGCCCAAGCCCAACCUCUAGCCAGCGGCAAUCUUCGCCGAUGCUGACGAGAGGAUCGCCACCCCACGGCCCACAGCCAACAAGCUACGGGACUGGUUUGCAUGGGGGUCCCAAUGGUCAUAACCAUUCCUAUCUUUAUCACAAUUCGUCUUCACCUGAUUGUCUUGCUUUACUUUUUGGCAACGCUACAGUCGCCGCGGCCGCCGGCCAGCAUAACGCUAGCUCUGCACAAAGCUUGGAGCAUCAAUAUCCACGAACUUCUACUCCGCAUCACCAACCACAAGCACAUGUCCCAUUCUCGGAUUCAGGAACCACUUUUGUUUCUGCCAAUUUAUGCUGUGGUCCACAGACGUCAACUCCAGUUCAUCGGCAGGCAGGUACUAUCGUUACCGCAGCAUAUCCGAAUGUGAAUGCCGUAAACGCAGCAUCUACUCAUCGUCCGCUAGUCCCUCAGGCGCUACACAGGGUCCCCUCAGCUCGGGCAAGCCGGCCGAAGAGUCCCAGUCCGCUCCCGAGAGGCCAAGGAGCUUCUGACAGUGUCUCCGAGCAACAUCCCAUCCGGAGAUCAGCCUCCUAUACUGAACGCCAACUGAGAAAGUGCAUCGGAAGAACAACUGAAGAAAUUCGUGACCUGGAACAGCAGUUACGAGAGUUGAUUAUUUCCUCGGCUUCGAUUGUGGAUCAGCCUGCCUCGGUUGAGGAGGGUUUGGCAGAGAUCCUUGGAAACCGACAAGACCUUGCCGAAGAUCAGGAUCCGGAGCAGGAUGUCACGAUCACCAGUAAUACUAACAAUUCAACGAAGGAUAAUACUAGGAAUUCGCCUCCAUCAGUGAGUCGCUCGCGGAGCGACACCAACACCCCACCAAGCAGGCACUCUAGUGAUCCCGAAAGGCAUCUAAUAUCGACGUCGUCCGCCGUUGGAGGCGCAAGGGGCGGGGGUGGUGGUAACGGAGGCGGCGGAGGUACAAGCGGUGGAGCAGGAGGUGCCGCAAAACGAACCCGUAGCCGCUCGCAUGCGCCUUCAGCGUCAAGCUCAAGCGAUUCGGGCCACGCCUCACGUGAACGGCACAUCCAACAAAGGAUCUCACGAUCAACUUUACCAAGGGCCCGAUCUGCAAGCCGACUUCGCCCUGCUUCACCGUCAUCAGAGUCUUCAACGGAUGGAAGCGAAUACUUCAAGCCACGAUCGCGAACAACCUCGGAUUACAUCUCGCGCAGUUCGUCGUUCCGGUCACCCGGUCGUGAAAAUUCCGACGCAAAUAACGUCGGGGGGACGCGCUCGCUCGGCCGAUCGAGGUCAGACGCUGCGACGUUUGCCUCGGUACCGCUUAGCCGUUGCUUUAAAAGUCAACCCAACCUUCUACCUCCUAUGCAGCCAUUUCACACGCUGGAAGAUACGGCAUUGUUUUUUGAUACGUUAGGUUUCCUGGACGCGACCAUGUUUACAGCCCUCGUUCAACCUUCACCGGCGACGACUCCGCCGAAGUUCUUUGAGUCACAGUCGUCGCAGGACUCAAACAACAACUCUAACGAGAAUCCCAGUGAGGGCGAGUCAGAAGAUGAAUUUCGGAAUCACCUGGCUUCUGCGCUUCCGCCCGUUGGUACUAUUCGAGCCGGCCUGUCUAGCCACGACCUCGUCGAGCACGCUGGUGGAGUGAUACAUGAAACAUCGAUCGUCGAAAAGAAUGCCCGCGUCAUCAAAUGGCUGUACAAUUGCCGAAAGUCGAUGCAACAGAGUGUGGUACUCUGAACCUCGCUCCUCGUCCGCGAGCUGCUCCGUUCGUUGGACGAAAGCCGCUCUUUGGAGCACCAGGCGAUUGCGACGGUUCAGGCUGCACAAGCUGCAAAAGUGCUACCGAUGACCAGUGCGGCCAUGCAUCAAUUCGUACGGGCGGCAAGGAUCUGGUCGCAGCUCACGAAUUCGCCUCUAGUUCCGCGCGGCUAUACGAUAAACCAAAUCGAACGACACAAUGAAUAAGAAAAACGUGUGUAGCCCGCUGCUGCUCUCGGGGAUGCCAAAGAAACACGAAAAAAGUAGAAAAAGUAAAAGACAAAAACAUCACGACGUCAACAUAAUAGCGAACAAGUCACAGAUAGACGAUUGACGCGCCGACGAGUUACUAAUGUACGCCGUAACCUAUGUGCUUAUUACGAAACUACAAUCGCUUGAAAACGUGGGUAUGCUUAAAUACGUUUAUGCGAGAUUGACUAAAUGAGCGGAAUUCGGAAGAAGGUACAGAAAAGUCAUAGGUUAUUAAGCUGGUUGUUGUCUGAGAAUUGCUCUUUUGACAUCUCGGCUGGCACUAAGGUUUGAUUAAAGAGAAACAGAGGGUGAAGUAAAUAUACUUCGAGGGAGACCAAAGUACUCGCUGAUGAAAUACUGAAAGCCUUUGGAACGAUGGAUGAUAAUACAUUCGUGUAUAAACUACAGCUAACAAAAACGUAUCCUCGGUCGCAAAGCUAUGCAAAGCGAGGGCAAACACCACCACGAACGUUUACACGAUUUCACCCAUAGUUAGCGUCUAGUAAAGCAUUGUAACAAAGUAAUAAUAAUUAUCAAUUACUAUCAGAGUCACAGCCGUAACAGAACAUAUGGGACUGAAAUUUGGUGCCAUAUUCAAUAUACGGAUAUAUAUCAGGACCGAUUCCACCAAACAGGACAACUUCAAUAAGUGAACCCCAGACUACCUUAAAGCAAGCAACAAAUCCUUACUGGCAACUAGAAACAACGUUUUAUACAUGACCACGAUCGGUCUGCAUGAGAACAUAUAGAGGUCACAUAAACGUUUCGACUCACUAAAACCGUUUUUACGCAAGCAAUCGAUGUCGUUAAAAGGAACGAUAAUGAAAAUGUUGUCGCGCGUCAAAAAUCGUUCAGCUGUCAACGUCGAUCUUUCAGAUACAGGACAAAUCGGGAAAUAUUUGAGACGGGAUCCUAGCAUUCAAGUGUCUCUUACGUACGGGAGACGUAAAACGGUUAAAAGAGAUGCAGUAUCAACAAUGAUAAACUGAUCAACAAUGUGUAUGUUGUAGAUAGAAGGGUCUAGCGCAUAGCGAUGCGUAGAAUGCUCAAUACACCGACCAUUACUAUUACAUGACCCAUGUUACUAGUGCUAUAAAUCUCUGAUUAUUAGAAAAUAGUUUGGUAAUGGUAAUAUAGCGAAAAAAGACAUGGAUAGCGUUGAGAGAAAGGGGAGACGCCAAUCACUGAACGACCCCACUUGAGCAUGGUAACACUUCUACCCAUGACAGCAACCUUUAUUCAUAUAACCCCUAUAGAUAGAAAACGCAGAGGCAGGUAAUGGCCGAUGCCAGUUUCGUUAACCGGAAUCGGUUACAGAUAGAAGCAAUAAUCGGAGCGCUACGAGGACGUCUCGCACUCGUCCCAUGUCCAGGAUCGGCUUUCUGUACAUAAACUACACUGUUCUCCCCCUGCCACUCUAAGCACUUUGUUAGGACACUGACUAUUUGUUGCGUAAUAGUUUUGAUGCGAGGCGAAGGGGUGUGAGCCUGGCAACGGUCAGUCAGUGCGAGGGGUGGCAUGCGGUAACCUAAGGCUUGCACGACAUGAAACAAACAUGAGAUGAGGAAAACUAUACGGCUACACAACUACGUGUGUCGUUACAUUUAAAAUGAAUAAUCGACUGAACAAAUUCAUCGUUUUUCAUUUAGUAAAUCAUUAUUUUUACGCCGAUCUACCCUAAUGAUGUCAUUGGUGAUAACAGUACUUAAUCAAUAGGUACCUUUAGCAUCGCAGCGCAGGCCACAUGUGAUACCCGACGAUUGAGGACGUUUGAUUGAGACACUCCGGGUCCAGACGAUAUGAAGAGAGAAAGCAAUACGAACACGGACGGAUGGUAAAAGUUGACCAAGCUGUAGAUACAGAUGUAGAAACGGGGGCAAGAGAAAUCAUGAAGAGAUGCUUAGGUAAUCGUAUACGAUACACUGUAGAUGCUACUUAUAAUAUAUUAUUAACUGAUUAUUACUGUUAUGCUAACGAAGACGAAUAUGGGAGAACGAUAACAAUGGGAUUUCAUGACGAAGUUGAGGUUGAAAAGGGCGCGGAGGUAACUUUUUCAGAGAAGACGCAUCGCUAUAGAUUUGAACUCUUCGAGGUUACCAUGAGACCGAAAUGUCAUCUGUUCUAACGAUAUGAACUGAUAUUGACGAUGAACAUAUCCGCCAUUACCUUUCAAAAUUAACCCUUGGAACAAUGAGUCACCGCCUCUGCCCAUCGAUGCGGUUCGGCAUUAUCGCUACUAAAAUAUGUAUGUACAACCGUUGAAAAACGUACCCGCCAAAAAUCAUGAACGAUUUCGUACGUAGAUUCCCCUAAAGUUCUCUCUAAGAAAUAUCUUAGAAAAAUGUGUAUGUGAACGCGCAAAUACGAUAUCGUGUAUUAUAAAUUACGUCUUUAUCAAUAAGUAGGUAAUUUCAUGCAGGUAGAAUCAAUUUCAAACUAAUUGUAUACUAAAAAUUGAACAAGAAUAGAGCAUAGGAUCGAUGCCUGGCGAAUCCGUAUGAGUGGUUUCACUCAGUGCAGCACACUGUAGCGUAAAUGCACAGAAGGCAUUUCGAUAUCAGACGGCAUAGCCGUCUCAGCGCAGGCCUCUGAUUUUAUCAGAGUACGUCGUUCCAUAUUCGUCGAAAGUAGGCAAACUCAGCAGGGGACGUCGAGUACGAUAACAUAAUUGGAGGGCAAAUGACGCAACAGUCCCCCAGGAGAAUCUAGGUUUGCCCACUAGACAUUUAAUACUCCUUAUAAUAGACAAAAGUCACUCAUUGGGUGCUACCCAAAUAGCAAUCGAAAAGACACAAACCAAGCAAUGAACUGUGAAGGUCCACUGCGAGAUGCAUUCCCUUAGUUUCGUUACGAUCACUAUUACUGUAUACGUGCUGAUACAUACUAAGAACAAUGAUUGCUAUACACAUUCGACGGACACGGAAAUACACAGUAUGUAUAACGUUUUUCUACGGUUUCUGUAUAUGUAAAAGUGAACAAGAUGGCAGAACUAGUUCCACACAGUCCUCCCGAUACGGCAUACCUAAUGAGAAUAGGAUUGAGUGUGAAAGCUAACAAAUGGAUACGGUGAAAUAUAAAGAGAUAAUUGUUCGUAAAAAAAAAAAAAAAAAAAAAACAAA